AUGGCUCCAUCCGUGGCGGCUUCGAAUCCCGGAUAUUUCGAUGAGUCGCUGGUCCCCGGGACGGUCCACCUAGUCGACCUUGAGCACACAAUGGCGACGCAACAUGCUAAGGACCAGAGAGAUAUUGUGCUCGUGCCGACCCCGUCCGCAGACCCCGAUGACCCGUUGAAUUGGGCUCCCCGACGCAAGUACCUAGCCUUGACUUGCGCUCUCCUGUAUACCUGGUUUAAUGGUAUGGCACUGUCGGUCGUCUAUUCGGUACUCGUGCCUCUUUCUACGGCCUUAUCCGUAAGCACAGGGGACCUUAAUGCUGGGACAGGCUAUAUGUUUUUGCUCUUAGGUUGGGGCCUGCUUUUUUGGCAGCCAUUUGCGCUGCAAUUUGGAAAGCGGUUGACGUACUUGGUCUCCCUCCUCGCGCUCACAGCUGUCACGGUCUGGGGGCCCUAUGCCCGCGGCAACAGCCAGUGGAUCGCGAAUCGAGUUCUAACGGGCUUCUUUGCAGCUCCUAUCGAAGCUUUGCCUGAAACCAGCAUUGCGGACCUCUUUUUCGCCCACGAGAGGGGGACGUAUUUGGGUUGGUACGCAUUCAUGUUGGCUGGCAGUAACUUUUUUGCCCCCAUUAUUUGUGGCUUCAUCAAUGACGGUGUUGGCUAUCGGUGGGUUUUUUACUUCCAGGCCAUCUUUUGCGGUGCCACUUGGCUAUUUCUAUUCUUCUUCAUGGAGGAAACGAAUUACGACCGACGUACUAUAGGCAUCGUCGCCGAAUCUAGCAAUGGAGUACUCGAGCCGAACCCAGAUGAUGAGAAGGGCAAAGAAGUCUCGAUGGAUCCGUCCGACGCCAUUAGACGGAUUAUUUCUUCAGAGGACCGGCCAUCAGCUGAGACCAAGACGUUUUGGCAAAGAUUGUCUAUCGUGGAUCAGCCGCGACCGUUCAUGAUGCACUACCGUGCGUGGCAAUCUCUCAAACUCUUGUCGUGGCCCGUGGUAUUCUAUUCUGGAUUUAGCUACGGUACUUACCUCAUCUACUUUAAUAUUCUCAACGCUACGAGCUCUAUCAUCCUAGGUGGACCACCUUAUAAUUUCCGCCCGUCCCUUGUCGGUCUGAGUUAUCUCUCCUGCAUGGUAGGAGUUUCUGCCGCCGCGGCUUUCACGGGGGUAUUUUCAGAUCGCUUCGUCAUUCGAUUAGCGCGUAAAAAUAAUGGUGUCUCAGAGCCUGAGCACAGACUCUGGCUCUUCUCCGUUUCGACGUUGAUGAUCCCGUCUUCACUUAUCCUCUGGGGUGUUGGGGCUGCCCACCAGGUGCACUGGUUCGGUCUUAUUGUCGCCAUGUGUACUACAGCGUUUGCCAACACGAUGGGCAUUACUCUCAGCGUUUCGUACCUAAUCGAUACGUAUCGAGAUAUCUCGGGUGAUGCGCUAACUACGUGCAUUCUCAUUCGCAACACGAUGAGUUUCGCUAUAGGGUACGGAAUCACGCCCUGGCUCGACAACUUAGGAUAUCAGAAUUGUUUCAUCAGCGUGGCUUUCAUCGGGUUAGCUAUCUGCUGCGUCUUCCUAGUGAUGGUCAAAUGGGGUAAGAAGUUUAGGGAAGCGAAACGCCUCGACUAUUGGCGCGAGGUUAAGAAGAGGGUCGAUCUUGGGUUAGUUCACUAA